GAUGAUAGAAGCUGACGCAGAUAAUGACGGAUUAUCUUAUGCUAUACUAUUAGAUAUUAACUCAUAUCUUACGGAAAAUGGUGCUCAAGGCUCAUGGCGCCUACUGGCCAAAUGCGGAAUAAACGAGGGUACACCUGUCAAAGACAAUGACGGUUCCUCAAACGACUCAGGUAGAGGAAGCGACGAAGGUGAUCAACGAACUAAACUUGGUGGCAAUCUACAAACUUUCCGCGAUUGGUACCCAUCUAAAUCAAAUCACGUUAUUUAUAAACGUGGUAAAGUUGAUGUUCAACUGGAAAGAGACGAUGUGCCAGAGUCUAACGUCUAG